AUGUCCGGCGGCGGCCGGAGGAGGGCCGGCUCCUCCUGGCCCAGCUUCUCCCGGUUCUUCACUCCUCGAAGCCCUUCCCGGGACGAAGAGGAGGAGAAGCCCGCGGCGAGCCAGCCCCUGGCUGGAGGGGCUCCCAGUCCUGAAAAUGGGCCUGUCACUUUAAGUCAGAAAACCGAAAAUGCACCUUCAACAGAGCCAGUAAAGAUUUCCCAAAGUGAGGACGGUAGGAGCCAUUCUGAGAAAUCAGCUAAUCUUUCACCAGAAGAAGAUUCAAAAAAGCCAGACAACUUUCCCAGCUUACCCUCGGCUGCUAAGACUGUAGACAAUGAUAAACAACCAAAAGAAGGCUUUUUCCAAUUCCUUGGUAACUUAUUUAAUAUCUCAGCAAAACCCCCCCAGCAACCAGCCCUCAAAAGUGAACGUGACAGAACUGAGAAGGAGCCACAAAAUCUCAUUGUUCUCCAUGAAGAAGAGUUUGCAAAGGAAAGUGGCAUAUAUAGUAGUUCUCCUCUGGAAGAAACAAAUUCAACAACCGAAGAAAAAGAUCUGCCAGCUUCAAGUGGUCUGUCAGAUGAUAUCUCACAAGUUACAACACAAGACAGCAGUGAAUUGCUGAAAAAAGUAGAAUGUGAACCUGAAAUAUCUUCAAUUACAUAUUCAACUUACCGGGGUCCCAGACAGAUUUUGAAAAUUUUGAAGAAACAGACCAAAUUAGAGACUUCAACUUCUGUACAAAGAGCAGAUGAAACUUCUGAUUCUAGUACAAGUUCUCAAACUGGAACUGGAAGUGAGUCGGAGGCUGUCAUCUCUCCAGAUUCACCAAUCAAGAAUAACAAGGAUCUGCUCAAAGGCCCUUUAAAAGAUGCCAUUUUAAAUAACAGUAAUUAUAAGGAAUCUGUAUUAAUCAAGCCACCAUCAUCUACUGAAACUAUCUCUAGUUCUAUAGUUGAGUCCUGUUAUAAUCGUCCUUUAAAUUAUGUACCAGUUUACAAAAUAGACAAUGAUAUGAUAGGAUCAGUGUUUUUUGGAAAUACCAAAGACCCUAGAAAUCCUGCUUUUCAGAGGAUAGUGAAUCCAAAAACCACUUUAGAAAACAAUCUUUUGAAGAAUGAUAGAGCAUCAGAGCAAAGAGGAGAAUGUUUUCAACCCCCAAGUGUAGUUCUUUCUGAGCUGAAUGUAGGUUUACCUAAUAGAGAAUAUGAGACAGUCAAAUAUGAAUGUGAAGAUUUGCCAAGUUCAAGUAAAACAACUUUACACAAUAAAUUUGAACUGCCAAAGAAUAAAUGUUCAGUAUCUUAUCAUUUUGCCAGCAUUAUUCUUCAUCAUCAAGAUGAAACAGAUACUGGAUAUUUGAAUGAAGAAAACAGUUCAGUUAUUCAAGACUCACAAAUAAAUAUUCAAGUUAAAGAAAACACAGAGGAAAAUGAAAUGCUUUCAACUAGUGGACUCUUAACCUUAGAUAACAUAUUACAUGCAAAAAAUGAAAUGAUUGAUUCUUUAGUGAAAGAUACUGAUUAUAGUAUAGCAAAAAACAAGAGCUUUGAUUCUGGGUCAUCAGAUGAAGUCUCUCAAGGCAUUAUAGUAAUUCAAAAUGACCAUCCCUCUAUAAAAUCUGUUAAUGAAUCAGAAAAGGUAGAUUGUAUACAAAGUAGCAUAAGACCAGAACUGAAAUUUGAAAUAGUUAAUAGAAAUCACAUUUCAGUAUCUUCCUUUGAAUCUGAGAAUCUUGAACUGACCAAAGUCUUACCUGGCUCUUCAGAUAUUAAUGGGAAAAUAUCUCCCAUCCUUGAAAGUGAAAAGACUGAUUCUUAUGAUUCAGCUCCUACCUUUGACUUUGAAGGUGGCAUCUUCAGAAAAUGGGAAGCUCCAGUUUUAAAGAAUAUGAGUCAUGAACAAGACAAAAUUGUUCAUUCUACAACACUCAAGGAGAUUAAUCUAGUGCUUCCUGAUCUUGAUUCUGAAGAGGUUUGGCAAGCUGAGAUUUCUUCAUCUGACUCUGAAUUUAAAGAUAAACACCUGAAGGCAACAACACAAAGUUAUCAUACAUCCCAAAGUAAAGCCCCAGUUGUUCUUGAGAGUGGGGGGGCAGAGGAUUUGCUUCAUGACCAUGACAGUAAAGUCAUAGGGUCAGUGACAUAUGAUGAGAACAAAAUUUCUCUUGAUCCUCGUGAACCUACACACAUUGAGGGCACUAAAAUAGUUUCUGAUAAAUGUGGAAUCGGGAUCAGCUCCUCUCAUAUAUUACCUAAACCCCAAGAAGAUGAUGGCACCUUACAGUUUCUGGGUUCUGAUAUCAGUGGGGCAAAAAUCACUUCAAAAUUAAAAGCCAAAAGUUCUCUUGAGGUUUCUUCUAUGCUGAGAGCAGAAGAAAUGGCCACAUUUCAGAGACAUUACGAAAAAAAUAAUUUAUUGGGCGACAGUUCUAAUAGUGUUUCAUCUUCCACCAGUAAGCCUGAAGAAGCUAACAUGAUCAUGAAUUCAUCUAAACCCAAAGAAAAUUUUGAAAAUUUGAAAGUCACUACAGAACUCUCACAUGAAGAUACUUCCUUAUUUAUGAUGAUGUCCACUGAUAGCAGCCAUUGGGAAUUUGAAAAAGCUAACCAGACAAUGGCAGAAAUGACUUUGUGUCAUAGAGAUGGCAAAGAUGUGCCUAAGAUUCAUACAGGAAAGGGAGGUCCUAAUUAUCGAACUGCUGUUGUACUGAAAAAUGCCAUGGAAGCUGAUGCUCAAACAGUUGCUAGUGCUACGGUGUCAGUUAACAGCUCAAGCCAACAGUGUUCUGAAGCAUCAGAUGAGGACACAGGAACAAGGAAAAGAGCACAUGAUAGACCUCUGGACUCCAAUAGUGAUCUAGUUAAAACAGCUGAGAAGUUGGUUGGUAUAAUUUUGGACUCUGUCAGGCAAGAGCUAAAGUCCACACAAAUAGGGGUUAAUGAUGGGAGAUGUAAUGCAGUUACCCUAAAAGAAGAGGCCACUGGGAAAAAUACAUCAGAAGAAAAAGAAAAGACAUUGAUUCAGCUACCAGACCAUUUGGAUGAGUGCUGUGUUGAAGAUGUGUCAGAAGACAAAAGAGAAGAAAAGGCCUGUGUUUUAACUACUGUUGGUGAGAGGAAUCUCCUUAUUGAUACUGAUAAAAUGGAUAUGUCUAAUUUAUUAAUAAUCAAAGCAAGGGAAUUGGUCAGUGAGGUUAUUCGUGGUGCUCAGCAAAAACUGAUAGAUGGUCAUUACAGAAAAACUAAGCCCAGGAACCAUACCAGAAAUACUGAAAAGGCCAAUGCCACAAAGAUUCUGAACAAUGAUAUCAUUAAACCACAUUAUAUAGUUAAAGGAUUCUUGGCUUCAGAGCAGCCAGACUCCCAAAGCAUAACUAAAGUUAGUGAAAAUAAAGGAUCAAAAAGUCUUUUGGCUAAAAGCAAUUUAAAUAAUGACACAGAUUCAACUAAAGGAAAAGAAAUCGUGCCUUACCAAAAAACCUUACAUACUGGAAAUGGAUUGGAACAAUCUGAUAGUACAGCAUUGCCAAAAUCAGAUGUUUUACUGUCAGAGAACAUAUCCCAUAAAGAUUUAAAUAAUAAAGGUGUGCCAUUAACCUGGAACAAAGAAGAAAGUGAAGCACAAAAGGCACCAUCUCAGAGAGAGAGAGUGGGUAUCCACAAGUCUCAGACCGAAGAUACUGCAACUCUUGUCUUAAAUUUCAAGGGGCCCCCUUUCAUGAAUGAAGAAAUAUAUACCCACUUACCUAGCACAUCCAAAAGCAGUUUUUCUGAUAGUCUUGUAUGUAUUAACGAAAAAUGCCUACCAGGACAUAGUAAUAAAUCACUGCCCAUUGGUACGUUAGAGAUGGGGAAAGCAUACAGAAAAGAUAUUGAAUGUAGUAAAGGCAAAAUUGAGAUGGCACCACCCAUGCUAGAAAUGGGAAAAGUAUACAAGAAAAGUACUGAAUCGAAUGUAGGAAAACAUGAGCUGAUGCCCUCAAUGUUAGAAAUGGGGAAAACAUGCAAAAAAGAUGCUGAAUUAAAUGUAGGAAAAAAUGAGCUGAUGCCUUCAGUGUUAGAAAUGGGGAAAUCAUAUGGAAAGAGUGAUUUAAAUAAUAUAAAACUAGAAGGUACACUUGACAAUUUCAAAAAGGAAAAAACAUUUAAAAGGGACACUGAUGAAAUGACACCUGUCAUGUUAGAAAUGGAAAAGGAAUUUGAAAAGGAUAUCAAAGGGACUGUUGGAAAAACUACAAUGAUCUACUCCAAAUUAAAAAUGGAAGAAACACACAGAGAUGAUACUCAAUUGAAUAUUACACAAGAUGACUCAGCAAGACCCACUCUCUUAGAAAUAGGAAAAAUGAGCCAAGAGACAGCUGAAAGUAAUUUUGGAGAAAGUAAAGUGAUACCCACCAUGUUUGAAGUGGAAAAAGUAUACCAAAUAGAUACUGAAAAGAAUUUUGAAAAAUCUGAAAUGAGACCCAUAGAAACAAAAGAAAGUGUGGUGCUAUGUGACAACAAAGCUGAGUCACAGUUUGAGGGAUGUGAAUUACCUACAUUGAGUAAGGAUUGUAAAGGAAACAUUGGCUUUAUGACACCAGAUUUAUUACCUGAAGAUUCCAAACUAAGGACAGAAAAUAAUCUCUGUAUGACUGCAGUAUGUGGGAAAGAAAGAGGUCUAGAUUAUGACACUGCAAAUAAACAAUCACGUUUAGCUUUUAUGCCCCAAGAUGAGCAAGGUAACUCUUCUUUCACCAUUUUGUAUGAAGAACCCCUUCAAGAUGAGGGUCAGUAUUCGUCUGUUGAAGAAGGGGGAGCACAUUCCCUGGUGUUUCCUAAUGAUUCCACCAACGGUCUGCCACAUGUUCUGGUAUGUGAAAGGUCUGAAAGUAGAACUGACCUUGUCCAUCAUUUUGAAAAGGAGAGUAAAUCCAGUGAGAUGUUUGAUAGUGACAGUUCUGAAAUGUUUUUAUCAGUAGAGGCAAAAAGAUACAAAGUCUAUCCCUUAGCCUUAUCUCCUAUUUAUGAAGAUGACAGCUCUCAGGAAGAUAUUCUAUCUAGUGAAGUCUCACCUGGUCACCGUGGAUCUAGUGCAAAAUCAAGAGAUGGUGCUAGUCAACCCUCCUCUGUGUUGUCCCUUCUCCAAUCAGUGUCAGAACGUUUAAGGAUGAAUUUCGAUGAUGGAGAAAAGCUUGAGACUGAGGAAGAAGAAGUAGUGGUUGAGGAUGAGGAGGGACCCCAACAUAAAGAGAUGAUUCUUAAAACAGGAAAGAAAGAACAUGUUACUUUCCAACUUCCAGACUGUUCUACUUUAGUUUAUCAAGGAGAGGACCAAGAAGAAACUAGAUCUUCCAAAACACCACUUUUUAUUUCUAGUGAACCCACUACCUCUAAUCAGCAAACUGUCCUUUGGCAAGACAGGUCCUUACUUCACCAUGCCCCUGGUCCUUUUCUUCAAAAGUCUGACCUCAGUUCUAAAUUACAUUCAUCUUUCAAGAGUGUCUAUAAUCAGUACUUGCAAACUACUAAAACUUUGUCACCUGAGAAAGGACCCAAGUUUGGAGGUAAUCUUCAGGAACCAGUCCCUAAGUUUAGUACUUGUCCAGAGAAUCUCAUUGAUAAACAAAGCCUGAGAUGUAACCCCAGACCUGGGAAGAUGGUCAUUUAUGACCUUCAUGGAAGCAAAUAUAAACGAGAGAUUUACAAUAACAUUCUUGAUGCUACGUCCUGGAUCUUUCCAAAUGGAGCAUUCAUCAGAGUUGUAAGAGGAUGCUGGAUUUUAUAUGAGAAACCACAUUUCCAAGGUCAUAAAUGUGUUUUAGAAGAAGGAGAAAAAGUGCUGGAUCGUGACUGGAUUGUUCGGAGUAAAAAGCACCAAACAAGAAACUUUGUGAUUGGCUCUAUCAAGAGAAUAUUAAAGGACUGCAGUGUUCCAGAAAUAGAACUUUGCCCACAGUCAGAUGCUGCAUAUUGCCCUAUCUAUUUACAAAGAUCAAUUGCCAAUUUAGAAGAACUUAAUUUACCAAGAUCAGUGUCAUUUGCUGUGAAGGCAGGAGUUUGGCUUGCCUAUCCAGAUGUUAAUUUUAAGGGACAAGUGACAGUUCUGGAAGAAGGCCAUGGACUCUUUGAGAUUUCAGCUUCUGAAAUGAAAUCACUGCAUCCACUUCAAAUGGGUGGAUUGAAGGUAGAAAUGCCUAUGAAUUUAAGGGUGAUUAUAUAUGAUAAAACACAUUUCCUUGGACAGGCCAAGGAGUUUAAUGAACACGUAGACUCUGUCCCAGAGCUUUUCAGGAAUGAGGAGAAUUUCUUUGGAAUUGCAUCAAUUCGUGUCUUUGGUGGAGUGUGGGUUGCUUAUGAAAAAGAACAUUUUAAAGGCCAACAGUAUUUGCUUGAAGAGGGAGAAUAUGAAGACAUUAGUACCUGGGAGACAUUGACCAGCACUUUAUUGUCCUUCCGAUACUUACAAGCAAAUUUUAUAGAAUCUUCAGUCACACUAUUUGAGUCUGAUGUGGAAAAUUCAAAGUUUGUCAAUAUAAUGAAUCAGGAUGUUCCUGAUUUGGAAGAAGUCGGGUUUGGUAAUGAAACAAGAUCUAUUCAUGUUAAAAGUGGAGUUUGGGUUGGCUACCAACAGCGGUUCUUCUGCGGAGAACAGUAUGUACUAGAGAAAGGGAAAUACAAGAGCUUUUUUGAUUGGGGAGGAUCCAACAACCAAAUCAUGUCAAUAAGGCCUGUUAGACUGGAACCUCUUGGGAUAAAUGAACCUCCAUAUUUGCUCAAAGCAUAUGAUCAACCAAAUUUCCAAGGAAACUGUAUAGAUUUCACAGACCAUAUUUCUGAUUUGACAGACUUCACACCACAUUCGUUUAAGGUUCUUCGAGGAUGUUGGCUCAUGCAUUGCCAAGAUGAUGUCACCAGUAACCAAUGUGUGUUAGAAGAAGGCCUCUAUUCUGACCUUACUUCCUGUGGCUGCUCUCCAUCUAGAGUCAAAUCCCUCAAGCCUAUUGAAUAUGUUUUUGAAGAGCCCUUCAUCAGUCUCUUUGCUUUGGAACACUGUGAAGGAAGAGAACUCCAUUUAGGAGAUGCAAUCAACUCAAUUCUGAACAAGGAUCUUUACUUCUACACACAGUCAGUGUGGGUGAAAAGCGGAUUGUGGAUUGCUUAUGAAGGAUCUAAUUUCCUGGGAAGACAAAUUUUGCUAGAGCCUAGUGAGAUUUCAAACUGGUCGGCAUUCAGUGGUUGGAAAACAAUUGGUUCUCUCCGUCCCAUCAAACAGCCUUCAGUAUACAUCAGAAUAAAGAACCGAGCCCAAGGUGAAUACCUAACAAUCACUGGAAAUCUAGCUGAUUUGAGGACGUCAUCAGUAUGUAUUUCUCCUUAUAAUGGAAAAAAUACCCAAAUGUGGUACUACUGUCGAGGACUCUUUAAGUCCAAGGCUAAUGAUACAUGUCUUGAUGUUAUUGGUGGAAAAGACGUACCUGGAGCUAAAGUAGCUGUCUGGAGUGAACAUGGGAAGCUUAGGCAAAAGUGGAAGAUGAACAAAGAUGGAACCAUCAGUUCUUACCUUAGUGACCAGCUUGUCCUUGACAUUAAAGGAGGAAAUUAUUGCGAUAAGACCCAUAUAAUAAUAAACCAGCCUCUGGAGGGGGAACCUUCACAGCAGUGGGACAUUGAAAUAUUGUGAAUGAAAUCACCAUCAUCACUAAGAGGAGCUAAGGAAGGUGGACCUGUUUCCCUCAUUGUCUUAAGCAUGUGAAAAAGGAAGCUCCCAAAGUCACGGGCCACUGGAACAUAAACAGAUAAUGAACUUGUUUUCAUGUUUCUUUCAUCUGUUUAUGGACAUGGAUUCCUAAACCAUGGCCUUUUAGUCAUGGAGAAGCCAGGUGGAGUUAAAACAUUUUUGCCAGUUUCUACAUAAACCUCUAGAAGCUUUCUGUCACUGAGAUGAUCGAUUGCUUGGAUUCCUGUGAUACACCCUCUUCUUUUUACGCUCACCUUUCCUUCUUGUGAUGAUGUUUCUGGAUGGGGAUGCUGGUUGGGGGCACAGUGUAUACUGUGCAUCACUCUAUACCAUUUUUUCCUAGAAAGUUAUCCGAUACAAUAAGCAAAAAAGUCCUUCAAGCUUUGGCUAGCCAGGCUCAAAUUUGCAUUGUUGCUAUAAAGGUUAAUGUUCUCAAAGAGUUGUCAUUCCACUUAUGCUAUUAAUAACUACCACAGAAUGACUACACUAAAGACUAAAUAGUAUAUGAUUGUGUGUGUGUGUAUAUAUUUCUAUAUCAUGGGGAACUAUACAGGCCAAGUUCUACUUUUGUCAGAAUCAGAGCGGCGAGUAAGAACUGAGGAGUUUUCAGAGGUUAGCUGAAAAGUAGUGAAGCCCACCUUCUAAAACAUUACCUUUUUUGAUACCUAAAGCACUAGGUUACACAAAGCAACUAGCCCUUUGGGAGUGACUAAAAGAAGAACCCUCAACUCUUCCAGGAUUAAAAGCACAACUCUGUAUGUGAUAGCUCCUGUUGCUCAACAGCAUGAUGCUAUUCCUUUUAAAGGAUGGAUUCCUUCUAUUUUUGAAAAAGCACAGAUGACAAGAAUGAAGCCCUUUGGAUAGAAAAGGCAAUUCCAUUUAAAUACUAUGGAAAAAAAGGCACUAUGGAUCUAAUUAGUAUUUACUGAUCCCAGAUGCAUUAAAUUCAGGCUCAGUUUUGUUUUGAAGUUAGUGUUCUUUCUCUCCUUACUUUACAUUUGCCCACAUGGUAUUUGAGAACUCCUUCCCAAAUAAGUAAGGCAAAUCAAAUUAUUACUGUCUACCUGAAACAGUAUGAAGCUGCAAUGUUAGUUUGAAAUUAAAGCAAAGUUAUGUUUUAAGCCUGGACCAAAACCAGUUAAUUUUCUAAAAUAUAGGUUAAGCAGAUUUCUUUAAAUGACAGCCUCCUUAGUUACCCUCAACCCCUCAUUCUUCUAUAAAACAUUUUAAGGAGCUAAACAGGCAAUCAGCAAAAUCAGGUAGAAAAUAAUAAUCUUUGUAUAUUUCAGUAAUUGUUUCCACCUUUUCACUGUCCUAGUGAAUCAUUAAGGUAUUUUUUCCACCUGACUUUAAAAUAAUUUAUUCUGAGCUGGAUUUUAAAAUGCAUUGAAGUACCCCAAGUUUCUUGCCAGAAAGCAUAUGAAAACACCUUCUCUAUUUUUAUAUAUAUAGAGACUCAAAUGAAAUUCCAGUGAUAUUUUUAAAAUAUCAACCUCCUUGCACUUUAGAAUGUAAAUUAACAGUAAAUAAGUUAAAUUCAGACUUAGAUCUGUUGUUCUGAAUUUUAUAGUAACCUGAUUUUUUCAAUGUAAAUAUUUAAGACUUACUCUUUGUUUGGUAUUUAGAACUUUAAAGAGACAGGAUUUUUUUUGUCGUCUUGGCUCCUUCAAGAAGCAUUUGUAAAAAUUCCAAUGGACCCAUUGAUGUGAAUGCAUCUCAUUGCUGUGCCAGUGUUAUUUAAUGGAACUGUAUGUAACAGGAGUAAUUGAAGGCUUUAAAAUUUUUAAUGGAAGCCUUCCUUGUGUACACAUACAAGAAACCUGUAUAUUUUUAUUGUAAAAACUAGAUUUUUUUUUAAAGUUUUCUUCUCAAAUUGUUUUAAGGAAUUUCUUUUUAGAGCAACAAGUCGGGUGGUCUUUAAAAAGUUACUAUAUCCAAAGAACAAGGCCAGGUACCACAUUUAAAUUGAAAAGAAAUCAGAGUUGUGCUUUUUUUUUUUUUACAACACUGGAUUAAAUAAAGUAAACUUGUCAUACACAGAUGUGGUUUCUUCACUUUUUAAAGGCCCCUUUCUGAAAAUAAAGGUGGCCAAAUAAAUUAGUACACAAGUACUGUUUUAGGGGCCAGGCCUGGCCACCUAAAUCUUACAUUUAGCAAAGCUGGGGCAGGUGCUGUUUUUCUCCUCUUGGCUAAUAUAGCCUUACCUUAACACCUACUCAUUAUAUUCCUAUUCCAAAUACCUUGAAAACUGAUCUUGGUUCUCAUGGUAGUUUAAAAUAAACUGUCUUAAAUGGACCUUUUUCCUAAAACAGGAUGAAGAUUUGGCUGGAAGAUAAGGCAGAAAGUAAGACACUUUUCCACGUGGAUAUAUAAGUGGCCUAAGCAAAGAUAGCAAAUGAUUCUUUAUUAAGUAAGUGGAAAAUUGUUUUACCCUUUUAUAGGAAGCAGUGACUAGGCAAAGGCACUAGAUUACUUCCAUUAGGCAUUCAGUCCAGAGUGCUAACACCAGGCUUUCUUUCUC